UCCUCCUCUACUUCUGUCCAUCAUGGAUUCUCAGAAUUUGAAUACCAACUGAACAUGGCUCCAGUGUUUUGUUCGUAACAGGUUCACCAGGGUGAGAGAAAUUGUGAAGAACAUUGAAACCCUAGAAAGAGAUGGACAAAACUGUUGAAAAGGAGAAAUCAAGUAGAAAAAGCAGAGACGAAUGGGAGAGAGACAGAGAUAGGGAUAGAGAUUACAGCAAAGAUCAUCAAAGAGAAUCUGAUCGCCACCGAGAUCAUGAACGAGACCGAGGCCACAAGCAUCGUUCAAAAGAUGGACAUUUGAGAGAAUCUGAAGAAAGGCACCACAGUGAUAAAUACCGGGAAGAGAAACACUCUUUAAAGGACAACGACAGUGUCAAGGAUAAGAAUUCGGGUUCUCGGCACUCCAAAGAUGAUAGGCAUAAAGAUGGGAGAGAUGACAAUGUGGGCCUCAAGGAUAAAGUUUCAGGUGCUCGGCACACUAGGGAUGAUAGGCAUCGAUCAAGGGAUCACUCACAGGAUCAUGAAUCGAAGCGGGAGCGAUCACAUGAGCAGAGGGAUGGGAGAGAGGGCAGCAGAGAUAUAGUUUUACGUAAGGAAUCAAUUGAGAGACGAUCAUCCACUUCACAUAAGAGAAAAGAGCGAGAAGAAAGUGAGGAACUGUUGGAUAAGAGCGAGAAACAGGUUAGGGAUUGGGAUGGAGCGAAGAAAGAGAGGAGAGAAAAACGGCGGUUUGGAGAUAAGGUUGUUGAUGAUUCUAAGGUUCUGAAUGGAAUUGUUGAGGAUAAGCGUUGGGUGGAAGAAGAAACGAGAGAUGUGGCUGGAAGUGCUAGGGAGGAAAGAAGAGUAAGACGAAAGUUUGAGGAUCGACAAAUGGAAGAAGGUAUGAUGGAUGUGGAGGAAGAGAUAGAACCAGUUUUGGUUACAAACUUCGAGAACAAGGAAGGUGUAGGUGAGCGGGUGGAUAAUGCUCAGAGCACUGUCAGUUCAAAUGGAAGUGGUUCCAUAGCUAUUGGUGCUGCUCUGGAACCACUUAGUAUGGCAUCGAAGGUACUGCCUGAGACUUCUGCACCCAGUCAAUCCCCUCCUAUCAAGGUAUCUUCAAUUUCCACCACCAAUGAAAAUAAGGGAGUUAGUGUUACCAGAUCUCAUGAGGUUCCUGGAAAAUCCAGUACAGAUGGGACAACUUCAGCUGCUGGCAAGAGUGGAAGUCUGUCUCUUGAUGCUUUAGUGAAAGCUAAGAAAGCUUUACAGAUGCAAAAAGAAUUGGCAGAAAAGCUGAAAAAGAUUCCAUUGUUGAAUAAAGGAGCAAGCUCAGAUGGUAGCCUACAGCUUGGAUCAACAGACAAGGAGGAACCUAAAACUCAGCUACCAAGCACAGCAAGGCAGCAAGCUUCCAUCCCACCUGCUACUGCUACAGUGGCUUCCAUUUCACGGGCAGAUUCAAGCAUAACAAAUGUGCCUACUGCAGCUACGGCUUCUGUGAAGCCCCCCACCACUGGCAUGACUGCCCUUCCUGGGCUUACAACCAUACCUAACUAUGAAGCUGUAAAACGAGCACAAGAACUUGCUGCAAAGAUGGGAUUUCACCAGGACCCAGAAUUUGCUCCUCUCAUAAACAUGUUUCCAGGGAACGCAACAACAGACAUUGCUGUCCAGCAGAAGCCAUCCAAAGCCCCUGUUCUCCGUUUGGAUGCACUUGGUAGAGAAAUAGAUGAGCAUGGAAAUGUAAUCAAUAUGCCGAAACUGACAAAUCUCAGCACAUUAAAGGUCAACAUCAACAAACAGAAAAAGGAAGCUUUCCAGAUUCUUAAACCUGAGCUGGAUGUUGAUCCAGAUUUGAAUCCUCAUUUCGACCCUGGAAUGGGAAUCAAUAAAACCAAGCUGUUGAGACCCAAGAGGAUGUCUUUCCAGUUUGUAGAGGAAGGCAAAUGGGCAAAGCAGGCAGAAAUAAUUAGAUUCAAGAGUCAAUUUGGAGAAGCACAAGCUAAAGAGUUGAAGACAAAACAAGCACAGCUGGCAAAGGCAAAGGCAGAGCCUGAUAUCAAUCCGAAUUUGAUAGAGGUAUCGGAGAGAGUUGUCAAGAAGGAAAAACCGAAGGACCCAACUCCGGAAACUGAGUGGUGGGAUAUACCAAUUUUGCUUUCUGGAACCUAUGGCGACUUAAAUGAAGGUAGUAACAUCACUGGAGAUGAACUUAAAAUGGAUAAGAUUACAAUUUACAUCGAGCAUCCUCUUCCUAUUGAGCCCCCUGCAGAUCCUGCUCCACCACCUCCACAACCUCUGAAGCUUACCAAGAAGGAGCAGAAGAAAUUGCGCACACAACGGCGCUUAGCGAAGGAAAAAGAUAGGCAGGAAAUGAUAAGGCAAGGUCUGUUAGAACCCCCAAAGCCCAAGGUGAAGAUGAGCAAUCUCAUGAAAGUCCUUGGUUCAGAAGCAACACAAGAUCCCACCAGGCUUGAAAUGGAAAUACGGAGUGCGGCUGCUGAGCGUGAACAAGCCCAUGUUGACAGGAACAUUGCACGUAAGCUCACACCGGCAGAGCACCGUGGGAAGAAAGAGAGGAAGCUCUUUGAGGAUCCAAAUACGCUGGAGACCCUUGUGUCAGUGUAUCGGAUCAAUGACCUUUCACAUCCACAGACCCACUUUAAGGUUGACGUCAAUGCCCAGGAGAAUCGCCUGACGGGCUGUGCUGUCAUAUCAGAUGGCAUUAGUGUGGUGGUCGUGGAAGGUGGUAGUAAGCCCAUCAAGAGGUAUGGGAAGUUGAUGCUCAAGCGUAUUAAUUGGGCUGCCUCAGUGGGUAUUGACGAAGAUGGUGAAGAUGAAAGUGAGGACAAACCUGUUAACAAGUGUGAUUUAGUGUGGCAAGGCAGUGUUGCUAAGCCGAGCUUCAACAGGUUUCUUGUUCACCAGUGCAGGACUGAAGCUGCCGCAAGGAAAGUGUUUUCUGAUGCUGGGGUUGGUCACUAUUGGGAUCUGGCCCUUAACUAUACGGAUGACUAAGUAUAUAUGGUGAAAUGGAUGACUGGGUUUGGGAAUCAGAAAUCAGAUCAUGUUUCAGAUGGUAUGUGCUUAUUGAUAGCCCCCCUCCCACCUUGUUUCGUAGUGCUGGUGUGGUCUGCUCCUGUAUGGCAUAUUUUUGACACAGGAUAUUGCAUUGCUUAAUAAUAAAUUCAUCAUUCAC